UGCCAUAAACAUCGUAACCUUUUUCUUUCUUUACCACGUCUAAACGCAUCAGAAGCAACAACUCGAAUACGAACCCUAAAACUGCCCAAUUAAAUAAUCAAAAUAACCAAAUAGCUGCCAAACAAAGAAAAAAAAAUAGGAGAAAAAAAAACCCCCGCACACACACACACAAGGAUGGGAUCAACGGGAUCCCAAACGGGCGCCGCGACGUUGCGGCAGCGACACGCGAUGUCGCUGCUCUGGCGCCUCUUCGCCGUUGUCCUCGUUCUGAACGCCUGCCAUGUGCCGAUGCUGAAUGCCAAGCAAAUCUCAAGUCUCGAUGACAAUGACAACAUGUUCUUCGAUCUGGAGGAUCAGACCCCGUUCACGGGGUCCGACAAUCUGCAGCCGUAUACGCCACUCAGCGACGAGCCAGCCGUGGAGGGCAAUUGGUUCCAUCAGGGCGUGAGGCGUGUGCGUCGCGAGCUGAAUCGGCUCUUUGGCGGCAACGAUGUCCAUCACAGGCAGAAGCGAGCCAAGAAGCCGGCCCUCAAGAAGCGUGCCGCGCUCAAGAAGCGACAACAACGUCCGAUCAGUCCCCGGAAACGGGCCUCCGACGAUUACGAGAACGAGGUGGGCUCCGGCAACGAUGGCCUGGAAACCGUUCUAUACCGCACACGAUUCACCGUCAAUGAGCCGUACGAGAACGACUUUAAUGACAAGCAGAGCGAACAGUUUCUCAAUCUGACCGAGGAGAUUGGCCUGGGUAUGCGCGAACUCUUCCGGCGCUCCUACGAGGGCGAUGACGACGAUGUCGAUUUGCGCUCCACUCUGCUGCAAGUCGGACCGACAAACGAUCAAUACAAGAGCUAUGUGAUUGUCAAUCUGGAUAUACCCACCGAUGUGCUGGACUUCGAGAGCAAGCUGCGCCAUCAGCUGCAGACAUACAAUCGGAUUGGCAAUCAGAGCGCCUCGCUGGACGAUGAUUUCUAUUUCCGUCUGAUAUUGGAUCCUAACGCCCCUGAAACGACCGAACCGACUGACGAGGAAGAUGGCUCCGGAGAACCGGAAUGCCGAGGUGACUCGACAUUCUACUGCUACCGCAGCAACACUCGCGUCUGCGACGAGAUGAGAUGCGAUGGCAAAAAUAAUUGUCCCCAAGGCGAAGAUGAAGAAGAUUGUACCGGGACCCUCGAGGUUUGCAAAGAUGAUGAAUUCAAGUGCGACGAUCGCUGCCUGCCGCUCUUUAUGCGCUGCGAUGGCCGGAUACAUUGUAACGAUGAGACAGACGAGGCUGGUUGCCCCAAUAAAGAGGAAGAUGAGCCCGAACCCGAACCUGAACCCGAGCCCGAACCACGACCCGAUCAGGAUCAAGAUCAAGAUCGUGAACAAGAUCGCGAACAAGAUCGCGAACAAGAUCGCGAACAAGAUCGCGAACAAGAUCGCGAACAAGAUCGCGAACAAGACCGCGAACAAGAUCGCGGUCAAGAUCGUCAGCCCGCACCCGUACCCGAGCCCCAGCCACAGGAUUGCAGUGCCAGCGAAUAUAGAUGCCGCAAUGGACAGUGCAUUGAGGCUAGCAGGCUUUGCGACAAUAUCGUGGAUUGUCCCGAUGGCGAGGAUGAGGGCGAUGAAUGCCCCGCCGCCUGCAGCGGCAUGGAGUAUCAAUGUCGCGAUGGCACCCGCUGCAUCAGCGUCAGCCAGCAAUGCGAUGGCCACGCCGAUUGCAACGAUGCCGACGAUGAGGAGCACUGCGAUGGAAUUGUGCCAAAGCUGCGUUACACGUGCCCCAAGGGCAAAUUCACCUGUCGCGAUCUCAGCUGCAUUUCGAUUGUGCAUCGCUGCGAUGGACGCGCCGAUUGUCCGCACGAUCGCUCCGACGAGGAGGGUUGCCCCUGUCUGUACGACAAAUGGCAAUGCGACGAUGGCACUUGCAUUGUCAAGGAGAUGCUCUGCAAUGGCAACAUCGAUUGCCCCGAGGAUAUAUCCGAUGAGCGCUACUGCGAGGGUGGCUACGAUGCCGAUGAUCAGUGUCAGUUUACUGAGUUCCGCUGUGGGAACGGUGAGUGCAUACCGAUGCGUCAGGUGUGCGAUAACAUCUACGAUUGUAACGAUUACACAGACGAGCAAGACUGCGGUAAGUGCUCUGUCUCUGGCAUUGUUAUCGAUAAGCAUGGCAUUAUACGCAAUUAUGCAGACCAUCACCGUCGGCGACCACCGCCGAAAAUUGGCCGCGAUAACGAUAACAAUAUUCAUAUCGGCAUGCACGAGCUCGAUGCGAAAGAGUACGCAGUGUACUUUCCCCACGACCUAUACGAAAAGUCAAGUCCCCAAAAUCCGUGCGCCGCCAAUCAAUUCGAAUGCGGGAACAAAGUCUGCAUACCGCUCCACUUGCGCUGCGAUGGCAGCUACCACUGCAACGAUAAAAGCGACGAGGAUAAUUGCGAUCGCUAUAAGCGUCCCACAACCACCAGGCGACCCGUGACGGCCGCACCGACGCCCUAUUACUGGGCAACGGUGCCGCCGGGCUCACUGGAGCGCCAGACAACAAUAGCGACACAAUCACCAUACAAAGUAACAGAAGGCCCGCGUUCAACCACUAACCCAAUACCAAUAACAACGAGAGGAGUGUCAUCAUCAUUGCCCAGCAAUUGCCUCGAAAACAUUGAAUUCGCGUGCCACAAUCGCGAUUGCAUUCCGAUUGAGAGCGUCUGCGAUGACAUUCCCGACUGCCAAGAGCAUGAGGAUGAGGACUAUGCACUUUGCAAUUGCAGCAAUGACAAGUAUAAAUGUGUGCGCGGCGGCGGUUGCAUUCCCAAAACCCAAGUCUGCGAUGGCAAAUCUCAGUGCCGCGAUGGCAGCGAUGAGAGCGCAUGCCACUUUCAUGCCAAAUUCAAUCUGAGCCGACCGAUCAUCGAAUGCCAGACCUUCCAAUACCAAUGCGGGGACGGUAGCUGCAUUUCCGGCUAUAAGCGCUGCAAUGGCAUCACCGACUGCGCCGAUGGCGCCGAUGAGUACAACUGUCUGAUCAAUUACGAGACGAACUACGACACAGACCCCGACAAUGAUCCAUUGAAUGAGUGCGAUCUGUAUUAUUUUGAGUGUGACUUUGGCCAGUGCAUACCCUUAGAGAAGAAGUGCGAUGGCUAUGCGGACUGUCAAGAUGAAACCGAUGAGCUCGAUUGUCCGGCCUUUACAGAACAUUGUCUAGAGCACGAGUUCGAGUGCGAUGAUUAUUGCAUACCACGCGAUCAGCUGUGUAACGGUAUUGUCAACUGCAACGAUGGCAACGAUGAGCGCAACUGUACUUCUUGUCGCAAUGAUGCCUAUCUCUGCAACACUGGCGAUUGCAUUGCCAGCCAGCUGCAUUGCAAUGGCAUCGCUGACUGUACCGAUGCCAGCGAUGAGCGCAACUGUGCUCGCAGCGGCUGUACGCUUUAUCAGAUUGCCUGCAACGGCGCCUGCCUCGAUUGGUCGCUGCGAUGCGAUGGUAAAUUCGAUUGCGACAAUGGCAUCGAUGAGCGCGAUUGUCCGGCUGGCAACAACAAUUUUAGAAACACAACCAGAAUUAAAACCUGCCAACCGUAUCAAUGGCAAUGCGCGAACUCUGAAUGCAUUAACGCCGAUUUUUUGUGUGACAAACAUGCCGAUUGCACGGACGAAUCGGAUGAAUUGCCGAUUAAUUGCUUGGGACAGGCCACAAAUCGGCUAACCGCCGAUGACUGCCGCCGGGAUCAAUUCUUUUGCGAUGAGUCGUGCUUCGAUCGUUCGAUAUACUGCAACGGACAUAUCGAUUGCACAGACCGCAGCGAUGAGCGCGACUGCCAUUUGCAUACCACACGUCAUCCAUUGUACCAACCGCUGCCCUGUCCACAGCACACAUGCCCCAGUGGCAGGUGCUACACGGAGAGCGAACGCUGCGAUGGCCGUCGUCAUUGCGAAGACAGCUCCGAUGAGGCCAAUUGCUGCGCUGCGGAUCAGUUCCGCUGCCGCAAUGGCGACUGUGUGUCCCAGACCGAUGUCUGCAAUGGCUUUACCCAGUGCAUGGAUGGCUCCGAUGAGGAGAACUGCGAUAUAAUGCAAUGCCAGCCGAACCAGUUCCGCUGCCGGAACGGGCAGUGCGUCAACCAGGCGUUGCGCUGCAAUGGCAAAACGGACUGUCAGGACAGCUCCGAUGAGCACAAUUGUGGUAACAGAUCGGCAACAGGCAGCACAACAACAGCCACAACCACAACUGUGGCGCCAACCACAACGAUGUCGGUGGGUGCAAAGCGCAUCAGUUGCCCACCGAGCAUGUUCCGGUGCGAGCACGGUCCUUGCCUAGCGCUCGGAUUGCGCUGUAAUGGUGUUAUCGAUUGUCCGUUCGAUGCCAGCGAUGAGCUGGACUGUGAGCCCAUCACUAAUGAGAUCGAUAUUUCCGACCCGUCUCCAGCCGGACGCAAUCAGCUGAACCUGAAGACCUAUCCCGAUAGCCAGAUCAUCAAAGAAAGGCGCGAGGUCAUCUUCCGUUGCCGUGACGAGGGUCCCGCCCGCGCCAAGGUUAGGUGGUCACGUCCCGGCGGUCGUCCCCUGCCCGUGGGCUUCACCGAUAAGGGUGGACGCUUGGAAAUACCCAACAUACGCUUGGAGGACUCUGGCACCUAUGUAUGCGAAGCUGUUGGCUAUCCGAGCUACGUUCAGGGUCAACAAGUCACCGUCCAUCUGACUGUCGAACGCUUUAACACUGUCGAACUUGAUCGCCCGCCGACAGCCUGCAGCGAAUAUCAGGCGACCUGUAUGAACGGUGAGUGCAUUGAGAAGUCGGACAUAUGCGACGGUGUGCCCAACUGCUCGGAUGGCUCGGAUGAGCACAGCUGCAGUCAGGGACGCAGAUGCCAGCCGAACCAGUUCCUGUGCAGCAACUCGAAGUGCGUGGAGCGCACCUGGCGCUGCGACGGCGAAGACGAUUGCGGUGACAAUUCCGAUGAGCAGUCCUGCGAUCCCGAGCCCAGCGGUGCUCCCUGUCGCUACAAUGAAUUCCAAUGCUCCAGCGGCCACUGCAUACCCAAGAGCUUCCAGUGCGACGAUGUGAACGACUGUCGCGACGGCAGCGACGAGUUCGGUUGCAUGGUGCCCGUGCCCAUACGCCCACCGCCACCAAUGCAAUCCCUGCUGGAGGGCCAGGCCCUCAAUCUGACAUGUACGGCAACGGGUGUGCCCAUACCGACAAUUGUUUGGCGCCUCAACUGGGGCCAUGUGCCCGACAAGUGUGUGUCGACCAGCUCCGGCGGCCGCGGCGAUCUCUAUUGCCCCAAUAUGCAGUACAAGGAUAGCGGCGCCUACUCCUGCGAGAUAAUAAAUACGCGCGGCACCCACUUCGUGACCCCCGAUACCAUUGUUAAGGUGACACCCGAUCGCAAUCAGUUCUGUGCCGCUGGAUUCUUCAAUAUGCUGGCCCGUUCCAGUGAGGAGUGCAUCAAGUGCUUCUGCUUUGGUGUCGCCAACUCCUGCGAGAGCGCCAAUCUCUUUAGCUAUGCCAUACAGCCGCCGAUAUUGUCGCAUCGCGUGGUCAGCGUCGAUCUGAGUCCCUAUCAGCAGAUUGUGAUCAACGAGGGUACCGAUCACAGCCUGCUCACCAUGCACCAUGGCGUUCAGUUCCGUGCCUCCGAUGUCCAGUACAACAGUCGCGAGACACCCUAUUUGGCCCUGCCCAGCGACUAUAUGGGCAAUCAGCUGAAGUCCUACGGUGGCGAGCUCAAAUAUGAGGUUAGCUAUUUGGGCAACGGACGUCCCCUUUCUGGGCCGGAUGUCAUCAUCACUGGCAACGGCUUCAUUCUGACCAAUCGCGUGCGCACCCAGCCCAAUCAGUCGAAUAAGGUGAGAAUCAGCUUCCUGCCCGGUAACUGGCAGAAGCCCGAUGGACGCAAGGCCACACGCGAGGAGAUCAUGAUGAUAUUGGCCAAUGUCGAUAAUAUACUGAUACGCUUGGGCUAUAUUGAUGCUGUGGCACGUGAGGUGGAGCUGACCAACAUUGCCAUGGACUCGGCCGGCACCUCGGAUCAGGGUCUGGGCAGCGCCUCCCUUGUGGAGAAGUGUAACUGCCCGCCGGGUUAUAUCGGUGAUUCGUGUGAGAGCUGCGCACCGGGCUAUGUACGCCAGCCGGGCGGUCCCUGGCUGGGUCGCUGUGUACCCUUCGUGCCAGAGCCCUGCCCGGCCGGCACCUAUGGCGAUCCUCGCCGUGGUGUGCCCUGCCGCGAUUGUCCCUGCCCCCAGAGCGGCAGCAACAACUUUGCCAGUGGCUGCCAGCUGAGUCCCGACGGCGAUGUCAUCUGCAAUUGCUAUGAAGGCUAUACUGGCAGACGGUGCGAGAGCUGCGCCGCCGGCUAUCAGGGUAAUCCGCUGGCACCUGGCGGUGCCUGCCACCGAACACCCGAGUCGACAUGCAACGUGGAGGGCACCUACAACCAAUAUAGCAAUGGCAGCUGCCACUGCAAGGCCCUGGUCACCGGCGAUCGCUGCGACAGCUGUGCCCCGAAGAGCUUCCACCUGAACUCCUUCACCUAUACCGGCUGCAUUGAGUGCUUCUGCAGCGGUCUGCAGGCGGACUGUACCAGCACCUCUUGGAAUCGCGAACAGGUCAGCAGCAGCUUUGGACGUUCCCGUGCGCCCCACGGUUUCCAGCUGGUGCGCGACUACACCCGUGUAACGCCACAGCCCGUGCCAUUCGAUACGCUUGCCUACGAGAUUAGCUUCAGAUCCAGCUCGGAUUACAGUGCCGACACCCUGUACUGGAGCCUGCCCGUACCGUUCCUGGGCAACAAGCUGACCGCUUAUGGCGGACGCCUCAACUAUACCCUUAGCUACAGUCCAUUGCCCGGUGGUCAGAUGUCGCGCAACAGUGCACCCGAUGUGGUCAUCAAGAGCGGCGAGGAUCUAACCCUUAUCCAUUAUCGCAAAUCGGCCGUCAGCCCAAGCACUUCUAGCUCAUAUGCGGUGCCCAUCAUUGAGAGCGCCUGGCAGCGCAUCGAUGGCCAAGUGGCCAAUCGCGAGCAUCUGCUAAUGGCGCUCAGCAAGAUCGAUGCCAUCUACAUCAAGGCUACGUACACUACCAGCACCAUGGAGGGCUCCCUCAAGCAGGUCGUCUUGGACAUUGCCACCGCCAACAAUUUGGGCACUCAGCGCGCCUACGAGGUUGAGGAAUGCCGUUGCCCACAGGGCUACGUUGGACUCUCUUGCGAACGCUGUGCGCCUGGCUACAAACGCAAUCCCGAGGAGGGUCUCUAUCUGGGCCUGUGCGAGCCCUGCGAAUGCAAUGGCCACUCCACGCAAUGCGAUGCCGAGACUGGCGAGUGCCUGAACUGUGCGGACAAUACCGAGGGUGAGAACUGCGAGCGCUGCGCCGGCGGUUAUAUCGGCGAUGCCAGCCGUGGCACACCCUACGACUGCCAGCCGGACAACAAUGGUCCACAACCGCCGCAGCCGGAGCCGGACAAUCAGCGUGGUUGCCAUUGGUGCAACAGCGACGGCACCGAGGACUGCCGCGGUGGAGUCUGCUACUGCAGGCGAAAUGUGGUGGGAAGUCGCUGCGAUCAGUGUCGCGAGGGUACCUUCGGUCUGUCGCCCCUACAUCCGGAUGGCUGCAAGGAAUGCUACUGCUCGGGCCAGGCGACCCAAUGCCGCUCCGCGUCCGUCUAUCGUCAGCUGAUCGCCGUGGACUUUAUAAGCAACAAGGCGCUCAUCACCGAUGAAUAUGGCCAACAGAUGGAGAUGGAUGACACGAAUCUGAGCAUGGAUAUACGCAAUAAUAUGUACACCUACACAUACCAAUCCUAUUCGCCCAAAUACUGGAGUCUGCGCGGCAAUGUCCAGGGCAAUCAGCUGCAUGCCUAUGGCGGCAUGCUGAACUACACUCUGAUCACGGAAUCGUUCGGCAACUAUGAGCCCGGCAACGAUGUGGUGCUCAUUGGCAAUGGCAUACGCCUGGUCUGGUCCCGACCGGCCGCGGAGUCCCAUCUCGAUGAGUACAGUGUGCGCCUCAGCGAGGAGGAGCAGUGGCAGCGUUUGGAUAGCGGCAGCGCCGUACCGGCUACACGUAACGACAUCAUGAGCGUGUUGACCAACGUGGAGCAUCUGCUGAUACGUGCCACACCCAAAAUACCCACCACACGGACAUCCAUACGCGACGUCACACUGGAACUAUCUGUGGAGCUGGCACAGCCGGGCGCCGAGCCUGCCAUCGACAUUGAGGUCUGCCAGUGCCCAGCUGCCUAUACGGGCAACUCGUGCGAGAAUUGCGCCCCGUUGCACUACCGUGAAGAGAGUGGACAGUGCCGUGCUUGUCCCUGCCAGGAGGAUAAUACGGAGAGCUGCUAUCUGGGCAGCAGCGGCUAUGUCGAAUGCCAGUGCAAGACACGCUUCACAGGCGAUCGUUGCCAGGAUUUCGACACAUCUCGCAUUAUUGAAGAACCGCCCAAGAUAUGCGAUAUAAGCAGGGGAUUCUGUUGCAACGGCUUUCGGUUCGAUAUUGAGCCCAACGAGACAAUAUCGUAUAAUGACACUCUACUGAUAUAUAAGGGCAACAGAGUUAUAGGAAAUAUAACCAAACUGCGCCACGGCUGCCAUCAGCGAGACUAUGGAACACCGGAGCCAACGCCAACCGAACAGCCCGAUAAUAUACGCACCCAGAUCAUAGUGUCGAUAUCGAAGCCACAGAUCACCAUAAUGCCGGUGGGUGGAUCCAUGUCCCUCCACUGCAACGGUCGCAUGAAGUGGAAUAAUGAUCCGGUCUUUGUCAGCUGGUACAAACAGCACAGCCGACUGCCCAACACAGCCGAGAUCGAGGGCGGAGUCCUCCAUUUGUAUAAUCUGCAAAUUGCCGACUCCGGCGUCUACAUCUGUCAGGCGGUCAACAAUCAGACCUCGCGCGUCUUCGAGGACAAGGUCUCCAUCACCAUAUCAAAUCAAUCGCAACGCUCGCCCGCCCAGAUCGUUAAUUUGCCCAGCACGGUGACCUUUGAGGAGUAUCAAACGAACGAGAUCAGCUGCGAGGUCGAGGGCAAUCCCGCACCGACUGUCACCUGGACGCGCAUCGAUGGCCAGGCGGAUGGACACAUGCGCACCGAUAACAAUCGCCUGAUCUUCGAAUCGCCGCGCAAAUCGGACGAGGGACGCUACCGCUGCCAGGCGCAGAACCAAUACGAUUCCGAUGAGAAAUAUGUCCAGGUCUAUGUGCGCGGCAAUGCACCACAGCCGCCGCCGCCGGUCCGCGAGCGCGUCUACAUCCAGCCGGAGGAGUACAACGGCGAGGCCGGCGACACCGUCCGCUUCACCUGCCAAUCGACCAGCGGCGCCCAGCUGCACUACGAGUGGCUGCACGACGGCUAUCCACUGAACGGCCAGCGCAACAUCCUGAUUAGCGGCGACAUGCUCGAGAUCCGCGAUGCCACCGGACGCGACUCCGGCGUUUACACCUGCGUCGGCAUCGAUUUGCGCACACGUCGCAAUUAUACGGAGGACGCUCGCGUCUAUAUUGAGCAGCGUCAGCUGCCGCCCUCUGGCGACGGCAUUUCGCCCCGUAUUGUGCGACUCAACGAUCAAACCUCCAUCGAUCAGGGCACCGACUUUAGCAUUACCUGCGAGUCGAGCGGCUCACCGUAUCCAAACAUCAAGUGGAUAAAGGUCGGCGAACCGAUGGCCGCCAAUGUCCAUCAAACCGGCAAUGUGCUGCGCAUUAUCAAUGCCAUACCCGAUAAUCGCGGCGUCUACGUUUGCACCGCCGAAAAUCCACACGGAUCAGAUCAGUCCAGCACUAGUAUCGACGUUGAACCUCGGGAGCGUCCGAGCGUUGAUAUAAAUCCGGCGGCGCCACAGACGUACACCGUCAGCGCCCAGGGCAUGCUUUACUGUUCCGUCAAUGGCAUACCCGAGCCGACGGUGCAGUGGCGCCGCAUCGAUGACAAGCCCCUCUCGCCCCGACACAGGCUGAUCAGCCCCGGCUACAUACUCAUUGACGACAUACAGAUCGCCGAUGGCGGUGAGUACGAGUGUGUUGCGGAGAAUUCCGUUGGACGCACCACCGGCAUUGCCGUGCUGCGUGUGGUGGAGCCACCGAUUAUACAAAUCGAACCGGACAAGUCGCUGGUGCGCUACACCGAGGGCGAUGAGGUGCGCAUUACAUGCAUCGCCAGCGGCUCGCCGAAUCCCACGGUGCACUGGGACAACCAGCCCGUAUCGCUGGAGGGCCGACAACAGGGCGAGAAUACGGCCUAUCUGAAUAUCUAUCGGGUGACCCAGGCCGAUGCCAAGGUCUACACGUGCCGGGCCAACAAUGAGGCGGGCACCGAUGAGCGCACCAUACGCAUCGAUGUGCAGCCCAAGCGUGGCGAUAUUGGUGAUUCUGACGGCGAUGUGGAACACGAUCCCUAUCAGCAGCCGUACUACCCACAGCCACCCACAAUUCGUCCGUACCCGAACCAGGAUAACAGCCAGAGAUUCUCAACCAAUCUGGGCGACAAUGUGACCCUCACCUGCGAUCUGGCACCGUAUUUGAGCACCCAGUGGGCACGUGUCGAUGGCGAGCCGCUGCUGGCGAACGCCCACUCCGAACGCAAUCGUCUGACGAUCACAUUCGUCGAGGAACAGAAUCUGGGACAGUAUCGCUGCAAUGCCGUCGAUCAGCGCGGCACGGUUGUGACCUAUGUGGUUAGGGAACUGGUCCUCUUACCGCUGCCACAGAUCACGUUCCGGCCCAAUAUACCGCUCGAAGUGGAGGCCGAUCGCAAUGUGGAGAUCUUCUGCCUGGUGACGGGCGCCCGGCCCGAGAAUGUGCACUGGGCCACCGACAAUAACCGACCACUGCCCAGCUCGGUGCACAUUGAUGGAGCGACUCUGCGCUUUAUAGCCAUAACGCCGGCCGAUGCUGGCGGCUAUAGCUGCACGGCCUCGAAUGAGUAUGGCAACGUUAGCAAGACCGCCCAGGUGGUGGUCAGGCCGCCGACAUUCUACACACAGCAGCCGCAGUCGCUGCAGCAGGAGAGCCGCGAGGGGGAGAGCAUUCACCUGCGCUGCAGCGUGACCACGCAGCGCGGCGAGCAGCGCAGCAAUACUCAGUUCCACUGGUACCGCGAGGAUGGACGCCCGCUGCCAAACAAUGCACGUCCCGAAAGCCAGGUCCUGAUCCUGACAUCGCUCCGUGCCGAGGAUGCCGGUCGCUACGUCUGCGAUUCGUAUGACAUCAAUACCCGACAGCGUGUGCCCUCCACCUACAUCGAUUUGCAGUUAAUCAAUGCAUCGGGCAUGCCCAACCCGGGCGCAUAUCUGCCGCCCUCGAGGGCCACGCCCCCGCCAGAGCCUCUGGUGCCACGCGACUACAGCCUCAAACUGGAUCAGCAGUCAUCGAAGUUGCGAGUCGGCGAAUCCACCGAAGUCGAAUGCUACUCCUCGGACAACAGCUACACGGAUGUGAUCUGGGAACGUUCCGAUGGUGCACCGCUCUCCGCCAACGUACAGCAAGUGGGCAACCGUCUGGUCAUCGCUCAGGUGACCGCCGCGGAUGCUGGCAACUAUGUGUGCAAAUGCCGCACGGAUGAUGGUGAUCUGUAUACGACAAGCUAUGAGCUGGCCAUUGAGGAGCAGCCGCAUGAGCUGCGCCGUCCAAAGAUCGUGCACGCCCAGGUAGGUGAUCGGGCCCAAUUGAACUGUGACGCCGAUGAGAGCCGUCAGCCCACUUAUCGCUGGACACGCCAAUACGGACAGCUGCAGCCGGGUCGCGAUAUACUCAGUGAUAAGCUGUUGCUGCAGGAUGUGCAGGCCAAUGAUGCCGGCAGCUACAUCUGCACCGCCAUCUAUAGCGAUGGCGAAUCCGUGGACUAUCCAAGCAUAUUGGGCAUCACUGGCGUCAUACCGCAGUUCCAUCAGCAGCCGCUCAGCUACAUGAGCUUCCCCACACUGCCCGACUCCUCAUUCAACUUCAACUUCGAGAUCACCUUCCGCCCGGAAUCGGCCAACGGUCUGCUGCUCUUCAAUGGACAAACGCGAGGAACUGGCGACUAUAUAGCGCUCUCCCUUAAGGAUCGCUACGUGGAAUUCCGCUUUGAUUUUGGCGGCAAGCCGAUGGUGGUCCGUGGCGAACAGCCGAUCGAAUUGAAUGAAUGGCAUACGGCUCGGGUGCAUCGCUCCCGUCGCGAUGGCUACAUCCAGUUGGACGAACAGCAUCCGGUGGCAUUCCCCACGCUGACACAAAUACCGCAGCUGGAGCUAAUUGAUGAUCUUUACAUUGGCGGCGUGCCCAGUUGGGAUCAGCUGCCCGCCGAGGCGGUGGCCCAGCAAACGGGCUUCGUGGGCUGCAUCAGUCGCCUCGCGCUCCAGGGUCGCACCAUUGAACUGAUGAAGGACGCCAAAUUCAAGGAGGGCAUCACCAGCUGCAAGCCCUGCGCCGACUCACCCUGCGCCAACGGCGGCAUCUGCCUGGAGAGCCAAACGGAACUGGCCUACACCUGCGUCUGCCAACAUGGCUGGACCGGACGCAACUGCGCCGUCGAGGGCACCCAGUGCACGCCGGGCCUGUGCGGCGCCGGUCGCUGUGAGAACACCGAACUGGACAUGGAAUGCCUCUGCCCGUUGAAUCGCACCGGCGAUCGGUGCCAGUACAUGGAGCACCUGAACGAGCAUAGUCUCAACUUCAAGCGCAACAGCUAUGCGGCCUACGGCACACCUCGCGUAUCGCGCAUCAAUGUGACCCUGUCGCUGCGUCCAUCGAGCCUGCGAGAUGCGGUGCUGCUGUAUGCGGCCGAGUCGAAGCUGCCCAGCGGCGACUAUGUGGCGCUGGUGUUGCGCGACGGCCACGUGGAGCUGAUCAUUAACACGGCGGCGCGGCUAAAGCCGGUGGUGGUGCGCUCGCAGAGUCCGCUGCCGCUGCACAGAUGGACGCGCGUCGAGCUGUUGCGCCGCCAGGGCGAGAGCAUACUCCGUGUGGGCGAUGAGCCCGAGCAGCGUGCCAAGGCGGCGGGUGCACCGCGCACACUCUCGCUGAAGACGCCGCUGUAUGUGGGCGGCUAUGAUCGGGCGACGGUCAAGAUCAAUCGGGAUGUGAACAUUACGGAUGGCUUCGAUGGCUGCAUUUCGCGGCUGUACGACUCGAUGCGACCCGUUCAGCUGCUGGCGGGCAUCAAGGAUGCGGCCAAUGUGCAGAACUGCAACGAACUCAACGAGAUUGGCGACAGCGACUCCGAUGGCGAGCAGCUGUCCAUGGGCGGGCCAGCACCGUCAGCCAGCGCUGGCACCUCCUCCCACGAGGAGGAGCAACAGCCCUAUGUUGCGGCGUCACCCUGCGCGAAUGAGCCCUGCGAGAACGGCGGCACCUGCACCGAGCUGGAGCAGCAUGCGAUCUGUGCCUGCGGCGUUGGCUACAGUGGCAAGCACUGCGAGGAGCACAUCCAAGUGAGCUUCAAUGCCUCGUUCCGCGGCAACGGCUAUCUGGAGCUAGAUCGCAACCAGUUCAGCUCGCAGGUGGAUCAGCAGUACACCUCGGCGGUGGUCGUCUUUUCCACCAGCAAGCCCAACGGCCUGCUGCUCUGGUGGGGCCAGAACGCUGGCGAGGAGUUUACCGGCCAGGACUUUAUAGCAUUAGCCGUCGUCGAUGGCUUUGUGGAAUAUGCACUGCGUCUGGACGGCGAGGAGGUGGUCAUACGCAAUGUGGACACGCCCGUCGAUGAUGGACAGCGUCACAUUGUGCUGGUGAAGCGUGCGGAUAACACGGCCAUACUGGAGGUCGAUCGCAUCUCCGAUUCCGGCGAGACACGGCCAACCAGCAAGAAGGAGAUGCAUCUGCCCGGCAACGUCUAUAUUGGUGGCAUACCGGACAUAUCGAGCUUCACGGGCAAACGCUACACGCACAACUUCAACGGUUGCAUUGUCUUUGUCGAAGGCGAAGCCGUCGGCCAGAUCAAUCUGGGCAAGGCCGCUGUCAAUGGCGUCAACGUGGAUACCUGCCCCGUUAACGAUGAGGCCCUGGGCGGCACCGAACCACCCGUCGUCUAAGGCGACACACAGAAGAGAAGAAAGAAAACAAAACAAAACAAAACAAGAAAAAAAAAAAACAACAAUCCCACAACAGAAGUUAGCUUUUUUUUUAAAAUAAACUUUUUUUUAUAUAUAUAUACUAUGUUAGACUAUGGAAUAUCUAUAUAUAUAGAACAAGAGGGACAAUUUUACACAAUGCGCUAAUUUUUGAUAUCGAAAAGAAAACCAUCGAUAAAAACGAAACAAAGAAACGAAAUGUUGCAAUUGCUUCUACAACUUUUAAUACUGUUAAUCUUAAAAGUUGCACAAAAAUUAUUGAAAUAAUUAUAGAAGAAAACAAAAAAACAGAAAAAAUGAAAGAAGAAAAACAACUAACUUUAAACGUACAACGGCCAUAAGAAGUGAAAACUCGUAACGAAACAAUAAAGUUAAAUGGAUUCAUAACUACAGUACAUAUAAAUAUAUAUAUAUAUACCUAUAUAUAGAACCUUAAGGCCCAACUAACUCGAACACACACAAAACAAGAUCAACAAGAACAAGAAGAAGAAGAACAACAACAACAACGGAUACUAGCCAAGAACAACAAGAACAAACUACAUAUACAUAACCAAAAUGAUAUAUAAGCCAUUUUAUAAAAAUUAUAAUAAUAAUAUUAAUUUUUUUUUUUUGUUUUUUUGCUCAUCAAAUCUUAAAAUCUUUUCAUUUUCGAUGAUUUCUUUUCGUUGAGAGCCCAGUGGAAAAUGUUGUGCAGCUUGACAAUUAACAGAUCCUAAUCUAACCUCACAAAAAUUGCUUAUGACACACACACACACACACACUCACACACUCACGCACACACACAAGCACAUGCACAAAGUUUAUAAACUUAAACUAAAUAUACUUAUACUACAGUUUAUUGAACAAGAAUAAAAGUUACAAAAAAAAAUUCAAA